AUGGACCUUUCAUCCUUAGAAGGCCCGCCUAUUGCCGACACUCGGUUCACCGUCUCGCCGCGACGAGCGAAUGUUCCCAGUAUUCGUCUGGACACGUCCACUCCAGUUAGCCCGAUCAGCCCAUUAACACCUCACGACCUCCCUCCACGACCAAGCUCGACGGACGCGAUCUUCAGUCCCGUGUCUGAAUCAGAGUACUCAUUUGCGCUGUUCCACCACCACCACCAUGAGCCGGAAAACAAUCUCAGUUUCUACCAACGCUGCCACAGUCCACAGCCCCCGGUCACAGCCGACGAGCAUGAGUACCAACAACAAUCAAGGCCACAACCAACACUAAACCUACCUCCUCCCCCUCCUUCGUCCUCCUUCUCCCUUCACCCGUGGAGCUCCCGAACUCGAAGUGUUUCAGACCUUACCCCUCACCAAUCGCCCAGCCCUUUGCUGAGCACGACCACCACAACCACAGUCACCACUCAGGCCGUGACCACCACCAUUACCACCGAAGGUAACCGUCUCGUCUGGCUCGAGCACGAGAAGCUGUGGUUCUUGAAACCUUCCUCAUGCCCCUCACCACACCUCAGCCCCGACUACGCCGUGACCACCAGACCCACCCCCGAUGCUCACUAUGCGCCUUACCGCCCUUCUUCGUUUCAUGGCCAAGUCCAUCUUGCUGCUUUAGCACAGAGGAGGGAUGUACCCCCGCCAUAUGGGCGGCACAUCCUUGAUCGGCCCUUGCCUCCACUACCUACGGAUGACGACGAAGACGAAGGCUCGAGCGGAUCUCGGUGGACGGCGGUUGCGAGGAGGAGGGCCAACCGGGCUGUGUCGAGGUGA